AUGUUUUCCUCUGUCCGGCGCGUCUUUCGUUCUAAAUCCAAACCAGACAAACCCCCUACCGUGAAGGAGAAGCCAGUUCCUCAGCCAUCACCAGCGCCGAUAGCUCAGACCCGAACAACUUUCUUUUACUCUGGAAUACAGACAUUUCAUAGCACCGAAAGUGAUAAUAUCGACAUCGUCUUCGUCCAUGGAUUGAAAGGAGACUGCCAAAAAACUUGGACGGAUAAGACUUCGGGGAGUCCUUGGCCGAAGACACUUCUUCCUUUGGAGAUUGAGACUGCACGUGUUCUCACUUACUCUUAUGAUUCAACUGUUACCGGCAAGGACGAUGUUCCUUCCCAGAAUCGAAUCUCCAAUCAUGCAUAUAAUCUCGUGACUGCUCUCGCAUCACUUCGACAGAGCGAUAACACAGAUUCACGACCUAUUAUAUUUAUCUGCCACAGUCUAGGAGGACUUGUUUGUCAGGAUGCACUUGUCACAGCGAAACAACGGUCUGAACAGCACCUCCAAGAUAUAGUCAACUUCACUCGUGGUGUCAUCUUUCUCGGCACACCACAUCAUGGAUCAAGCCUCGCCAAGAUCGGAGAAUUAGUCUCACGCUCUGUCGGAUUGAUCAAAGAGACCAACAGUGAUAUUGUCCAAGUUUUAACAAAAGACUCGGAAGUCCUGGCCCGAAUUCAGGAUAGCUUUCAGGCUCUUCUCAUGGCACGAAGCAAAGAGGAGGCCACCAUGAUAGACAUUACAUGUUUCUAUGAAGAGCUUCCGACCAAGAAGUUCGGGGUGAUCGUCCCCAAACACUCGGCCAUCCUACCCGGCUACAUAUCAAUCGGCAUACACAAGAACCAUGCAGAUAUGACCAAAUUCUCCAAUUCUGAGGAGCCGGGAUUUGUGGCUAUCUGUGGAGAACUAAAACGCUGGAUGAAGAGGAUUCAGCAGAUACAGUCCAAACCAAAGAAGCACACUGUUGCCGGACAUUGCCUCGUUCCAUACACUUUUAAUCCAGAUUUCGUCGGAAGAUCCGAAAUACUUGACCUGGUGAAAACUCAACUUGGAGAUCUAGAACCUCAGUCACGCGGUAGGGGUCAUCGAAGGGCUGCGCUUUAUGGUCUUGGCGGGGUUGGAAAGACCCAAAUCGCAUUGUCAUAUGCAUAUUGGGUCCAGGAGAUCUCUCAGGAUACAUCAGUCUUUUGGAUUCAUGCUAGCAGCGUCGAAAAGUUUUCAGAAGGCUAUGCCCAUAUCGCCAACGAGUGCAAGAUCACGGGACAUGAAGACCCUACUUUCGAUGCCUUGCCAGCCGUCAGAGACUGGUUGGAGAGUAAGGAGAGUGGGCAGUGGCUGAUGGUCAUUGAUAACGCUGACGACCUGCAACUUUUCUUCCCUUGCAACGAAUCCUCAAAACUGAAGCCCAAUGCCGAGAAUAACCUGGCUCAGUUCAUACCAGAAUCCCCCAAUGGCAAUGUGCUCAUCACAACAAGGAACAUGCAGGUAGGCUCACGACUUACAAAGGGCAAGUUUCCCGUCGAAGUAGGCAAGAUGGACGAAAUUGAGGCAUCUCAACUUCUCCGCCAAGGCUUACACCAGGAGGAUGAGUCUGAAAAGGACUUGCUCCAGCUCUCAUCCCGUCUGGAAUUUCUUCCUCUAGCCUUGGUGCAAGCAGCUGCCUUUAUUCAGGAGAACUCCAUCACGGUCAACGAAUAUCUUGAGCUCUUAGAUGGAAGCGCGGACGAUCUCAUUGAUCUUCUGAACGAAGAAUUUGAAACUGUCGGAAGGGACUCGGACACACCUCGCGCAGUUGCCCAGACCUGGAUGCUUUCCUUCCACCAAAUAGAACGACAGUACAUCUUUGCUAGUGAGCUCCUCUCACUGAUGUGCUUAUUCGAUCGUCAAAGAAUACCUCUAGAAUUCCUCGAGUUUUACGCCAGAGAAAAUUUGCAUGCAGGAUCUAAUACCAAGUUACAACUUGUUAAGGCACUUGGGAUACUAAAGGCGUUUUGCUUCAUCCGGGCAGAGAAAGCCGGUGACCAUACUAUGCAUCGUCUGAUUCAGUUGGUCACGAGGAAUUGGCUGGUACGAAAAGGAAGCAUAGCCGAGUUCACAAGGCACGCUUUCCUCUCUGUGUCGGACUUUUACCCCUACGCACAGUUCGAAGAUACUGAAUGGUUCGAGAAGUUGACGACAUGCACUGGGUAUCUUUCGCACGCAAACUCUGUCCUGGAGGCCCAGAUACUUGAAAAUGAGGAGGACAGACUUGUGAGGGCCUCCUUACUUCACCGAGUUGCGUCAUUCUUCCACUACCAGGGCCGGUACCGUGAAGCAGAAAUUCUGCAACGCGAAGGAGUUGGUAUUCGGAAAGAGCUACUAGGCGACGAUCAUCUGGAGACUCUCGUUUUAGUCUCAGACCACGCGAUUUCGUUGGCAGAUCUGGAUCAAUAUGAAGAAUCGGAACGCUUGUUGCGAGGUGUUGUGGAGACUUGGAAACGUCUCGAAGGCGAUGAACAUUACAAAACUGUCGAUGCUAUGGGUAAUCUUGCUGUCAUCCUCUCCGAGCAAGACAAAGAUGAGGAAGCAAAUGCAUUGGAGAGACAGGUUCUCGAGGUCAGAUUACGAACACUCGGAGAAGAACACCUCGACACUAUCCACACGAUGGAUAAUCUUGCAGUCAACCUAGAUGGGGAGGUGGAGGAAAAGGAAAGGAUGCAGAGAAGGUGCUUGGAAGUAAAGAUAAAGCAUCUUGGUGAGGAGCAUCCUCUAACACUCGACAGUAAGGCAAGUCUGGCGAGAACAUUAUUUAGCAAAGGUUGUGGCCUCUCGGAGGCUGAGGACCUGCAGGUUGAAGCCUUCGAGACUAGCAAAAGAGUUCUUGGUCUGGAAAACCCCAAAACUCUGAGCCUCAUGACUGACCUUGGUACCACGUGGUUGGCAUAUGGUCAGCUCUUCAUAGACGAUAGGCAUUUGUAUCCCGACGUCGACAUGCUUGGUGAUGCGAGGAAGAUAUUGGAGGAAUGUCUUGAGCUCCGGACAAAGCUAUUUGGUCCAGAUCAUUUCUACACGAAUACGACACGCCAAGUGCUGGAGGAGUGCCUAGAGUCAAUCGAGGUCGCGAGACGUCUUGAUGCAGAAGCGGAGGCAAAAGCAGAGGCAAAAGCAGAGACUACCCUCGGGGAGCAAGAAACAUCAGACCUUGAUCCUAAAUGA